AUGGAGCCACUUUCUCCACCACUUUCUCGUAAUAGUUCUCAAAAAGUUUUUUCACCUCUUUCACCUUUUUCUUCAUUUGAUAUACCUAGUCCUACUGAUGUCCCAUAUUCAAACAUUACUACAACUACAACUGGCAAUGGUGUAAAAUCAUAUAGAUACAAACCGUACAGAAUGAGAAUAUGUGAUGCGUCUAAAAAUCUUAAAAAGGCGAUCAAAGCGUACCAUAAGAAAAAUCAUAACACUGGUAAUAAUAAUGGGAAUAAUGAAAAUAAUGUUGGUAACAAUAAUGAAAGUAGAAGUGUCGAUAACGCUAGUGUCAAUAAUAAUAUCAGCAUCGAUGAUAAUAACAACAUGAGUAAAAGCGGCAAUCAACCCAUCAAUACAAAAGGUAGAAACAGUUCCAAUAACCGAGCUUCAAAAUUAAAAAGAAAAUCCAAUCCUUUUCCAAUAAGACCACCAAGUAAUGUUCCUUCUUGGACAUUAAGAAUUAAUAUCUACGAAGAGUAUCAGAGAAAUCCUAAACCAAUGGUAGCAACAGUAUACAAAGAGACGAUGGAUAUUUUUUCUUCAAACAAAAGAAAGCACGGCGAUAAUGAUAGCAAUAAUGGUAAUAAAUUGUCAAAUAAAAAAAUUAAGACCAACAGCACCAAUAAGACCAAACCAUACACUUCAAAUAGAGGCAAAAGGGGUCCCCAACAAAACUUUAAUUUUGAAGUUAUCGCAAAAGAAAUCGAUCAACUUGAGGUUGAUCAUUCCACUUUGAUAAAUCUCAAUCAUAAGGUUAAAUGGCCUUCCAAACCACUCGACAUUGAAGACAUGCCACACUACAACACAUUGCAUCAAAAAGAAGCUGAAGUCGCAUCCUCGCUUCGAAUGUCACCUUUGCAGUACCUAGAAUCAAAAAAGAUACUGAUUACAUCUGCAAGGGAAUAUAGGCAACAACAAAUCGAUUUCAAGAAAAGCAACGCACAAAAAUUAUUGAGGGUCGAUGUGAAUAAGGCCAAAUUAGAAUCACCAUACCAGCCACAAUAA